CUUUCUGAGCCUUUGUACAGCUGUGGGCCCACAGUCUACGACCACGCUCACCUGGGACACGCAUGCUCGUACGUGCGUUUUGACAUCAUCCGGAGAAUCCUCACCGCUGUAUUCGACGUCGAUGUCAUCAUGGCGAUGGUCAUAACGGACAUCGAUGACAAGAUCAUCAAGCGCGCGCGGGAGCUGGACAUGACACCGGACGUCUUAGCUCGAAUGUACGAGGAAGACUUCAAGCAGGAUAUGGCUUCUCUCAACGUGCUGCCACCCGCCGUGUACAUGCGCGUGACCGACAAUGUGGGGUCCAUCGUGAGCUUCAUCGAGCGCAUCGUGGCGAAGGGCCACGCGUACGUCACACCGUCAGGUAACUGUGUACUUUGA